AAACACAUUCGACGUAAAUAUCAUUCGUGAAAACAAACAGGGCGCAGUGAUCUUAUAAAAAGGGGACUCGCAAGGAGCCACAUAUAUCGUCUCAUUUUGCGAAGGUUAUAGAGUCACUUGCCUUCUGAACACAGUACAGUGCUGCUGUAAUCGUACAUUUAUCGAAUCAGCAGGAAUAUAGAUUUCUCCCAAGUAUAAACGAAAAGAUUUGCCGAUAUGAAGCUGAUUGCUUUGAUGUUGCUCGUCGUGGCGAUUUCGGAUUUCCAACUGGAGGUCCUCACGUCUGUGAAGGGCAUGCCUCACGACGUCCAAAAGCGCCAGGCAUCCAAAUGCGAAGAAGAGGAGGUGGAUUUGUGUCUUCCGGUCUGCACACGGUGCCCAACAACACCGUCGACUACUCCGAACACAGAAGGAAAGAAAAAAAAGAAGAUGAAGGCAUCAAUGAUGAGUAUUGCUGCUUUUCUUGCCAGGGACCAUUUAUUUGCAGCCCCAUUUAUACCUGUGAGGAAUAAUUGGCAAGGUGUGCCAAUCCGGAGCAGCAAAGAUGUUUGCUGCGGGGUCUAA